CCCCCGCUCCAGCUCCGAGCGCGGGGGGGAAGGCGCCAGGCGCGCGCCUGGCCAGGAGGGAGGCGGGGCCGGCCCGGCCCGGGGCUGCUCUGUCACCCUAUUAAUAGCGGCGACAGCGCCGCCGGCUAGAGGCGGGGGGACGAUGGAGGGAGACGGGAAAGUCACGGGGAGCCUGCCCGGGCAGCGCAGCCUCAGCCUCAGCCACGGAGCGGAGCAGCCGGCGGCGGCCCCCAUGAUCCCAGCCAUGGAGCUCGCCCAGGAGCCGGAGAAAGCAGCGCCUAGAGGCAAAAGCAAGAACCCCAACACCUAUAAAGUGCUCUCCCUGGUACUGUCUGCCUGUGUGCUAACCAUAAUCCUAGGAUGUAUAUUUGGACUGAAGCCUAGCUGUUCAAGAGAUGUCAAAACUUGCAAAGGCCGUUGCUUUGAAAGGACAUUUGGAAGCUGCCGAUGUGAUAGAGAUUGUGUCGAACUUGGAAAUUGCUGCUUAGAUUUCCAGGAAGCAUGUAUACAGCCAGCUCAUAUAUGGACCUGCAAUAAGUUCCGGUGUGGAGAGAAGAGGCGGCCAGAGAAUCGUUGCUCCUGUUCAGAUGAUUGUGUGGAAAACAAAGAUUGUUGUGUCAAUUAUUAUAUAGUUUGCCAAGGAGCAAAAAGUUGGGUUGAAGAAAAAUGUGAGGACAUAAAUGAACCCCAGUGCCCAGCAGGGUUUACGAAACCCCCAGUUUUGUUGUUUUCUUUGGAUGGCUUCAGAGCAGAGUAUUUGCACACAUGGGGUGGACUUCUUCCUGUUGUUAGCAAAUUACAAAAAUGUGGAACAUACACUCCCAACAUGAGACCAGUGUAUCCAACAAAAACGUUCCCCAAUCACUACACCAUUGUCACAGGGCUGUAUCCAGAAUCCCAUGGUAUAAUUGAUAACAAGAUCUACGACCCCCAUAGAAAUGCUUUCUUCUCACUUAAAAAUGCAGAGAAGUUUAAUCCACAGUGGUACCAAGGACAGCCUAUCUGGCUGACAGCUAUGCAUCAAGGUCUAAAAGCUGGUACAUUCUUCUGGCCUGGAUCAGAUGUGAGAAUUAAUGGAACUUUUCCAGACUUGUAUAGAACAUACAAUGGUUCAAUCCCAUUUGAAGAAAGGGUGAUAGCUAUUCUUCAUUGGCUGCAGUUACCUAAAGAUGAAAGACCACACUUUUACACUCUGUAUUUAGAAGAACCAGAUUCCUCAGGCCAUAACUUUGGACCAGUCAGCAGUGGAGUCAUUCUUGCACUACAGAGAGUGGACAACAUAGUUGGGAUGCUGAUGGAUGGUCUCAAACAAAUGAACUUGCACAAAUGCCUAAACAUUAUUCUUCUUUCUGAUCAUGGCAUGGAAACAGCUAGCUGUAGUAAAACAGCAUAUCUGAGUACAUAUAUGGAGAAUGUUCAAGAUAUCACAAUAAUUCCUGGCCCUGCAGCUCGCUUAAGACCCCAAAACGUUCCAGAUGAGUAUUUCUCUUUUGAUUACCAGUACGUUACCAGACAACUUACAUGCAUAGACCCAGAUCAGCAUUUCAAAGCAUUUAUGAAAGAGUUCUUACCCAAGCGUUUUCACUAUGUCAACAACGACCGAAUUGAACGAGUACAUUUUUACUUAGACCCCCAGUGGCAACUCGCUCGGAAACCAUCUGAAAAGAAAUAUUGCAGUGGUGGAUUCCAUGGCUCAGACAAUCGCUUCAUGAGUAUGCAGGCUCUCUUUAUUGGCUUUGGACCUGGAUUCAAGUUCAAGACUCAAGUUGACCCAUUUGAAAAUAUUGAAAUCUAUAAUUUAAUAUGUGAUUUGCUUGGUAUAACACCAGCCUAUAACAAUGGAACUCAUGGAAGCCUAAACCACCUUUUAAAGAAUCCUGUUUACAUUCCAAGACAUCCAGAGGAAGAAAGUCAUCCUUCUGUUUAUCCACUCCUGAAAACCACCUCUUCAUUGGACAUUGGUUGCUCAUGUGAUUUGGCAGGCUUGCCCAUAAGGGAUUUUCAGAAACAGUUAAAUCACACUGCAUCAGAAGUAAAGAAGAUUGAGAAAUACAGUUUGCCUUAUGGGAGGCCCAGGAUUCUACAGAAGAGAAGCACAUAUUACCUCCUUUACCAUCACCAGUAUGUAAAUGGAUACAGCCAGGAUCUCAAUAUGACUUUGUGGAGUGCCUACACUGUUAGCAAAUACGAUAACUGGACUGCCUCUGUGGAAAACGUGUCCAACUGUUUAUAUGUGGACAUUCGUAUCCCUUCUAGUUCUAGCAAGACUUGCUCAUUUUAUAAAAGUCGCCAUCAACUGAACUACGGAUUCCUUUUCCCUCCAAAUCUAAGAAAAGACACAAAGAGUUCCUAUGAAGCACUACUUAACAGCAACAUUGUGCCUAUGUAUCAUGAGUUUAAAGUGUUGUGGAACUAUUUUUAUGAUGUCCUGCUGCCAAAAUACACUCUGGCAAGAAAUGGUGUCAAUGUAGUCAGUGGCCCUGUGUUCGAUUAUGACUACAAUGGGCUGUACGAUACUCCAGAAAAAGUGAAGAGAUUAACCCAUGACCAAGAAGUUCUGGUUCCAACUCACUACUUCAUUGUGCUGACAAGUUGUAAAAAUAUUUCCCAGACCCCCUUGCAGUGUGAAGGGGCUUUAGAUGCCUUAUCUUUCAUUGUACCUCACAGGCCAGACAACAGUGAAAGCUGUGCAAGAUACAAACAUGACUUUUUGUGGGUUGAAGAGCGAAUGAGGUUUCAUACAGCCCGGGUCAGAGAUGUAGAACUUCUCACUGGACUCAGCUUCUACCAAGACAGAAAACAGCCAGUGUCUGAUAUUUUACAGUUAAAAACGUAUUUACCAACUUUUCCCAUGGAGUGAAAUUUGUCUAUUUCACAACUAAUUUUGUAAAUACACUAUUUUAUCUACAGGAAAAAAUUCUUUCAAUGAGCUGGAACACUUACUGAGAGCAUUUGACCAUAUUAAGAAUUGGAAAGAAUCUGUGUCACAUUUGUAUCUCAGGGAUAUUUGAUGGACUAAGUAUAACACAGGAAGACAGCUUCUGUUGGUCUUACUCCCACUUGAAUGUGGUAGAAUUGUGUCUGUUAUUAAAGCUGAUCUGCUGGCAUUUGAACUCUAUAUAUAGAAACACUGAGGAGAAAAUGAAUGGAACCUUCUAAAUCUUUUUAAUUACGGUGGCGUGGAAGAAGUUUAUAAGGGAGGGAUAAUUAUCAAUAUUUUGAUCAAAAAUAGAGAUAAUUGGCAAGUAUGUAAACAUCCUGGAAAGCCAUUAAAAUCCUGAUUAAUGUAAUAUACACAAUGGAUCCUUUUCAUUCUGGCUUCUUGUGGGGGGCAGAACAUCUAGUGAAUUAGACUUUUAGUAUUGUGCUAUCAAAAUAUCAUGCAAUAUGCUGCAUAAAGCUAUAUUACAUGUGUAAUGGUAUCCACCCCCAAAUGGGUCAUCAGUAGGGGAAGAGCCUAAGACUUUCAUGGCACAGGCCUCUAGCUAAAACCAUACCUAUUGUAACUGGUUGCAGUAGUAGGUUAUUAUCCUGUAGUGGACCAGGAACUAAAGAGAAAUGCACAUGUUACACACGUGUUCUGUGACUAUGCAGGGAUGUGGUGCUUCAGAGUACAUGUAUAAUAAGAAAUUAAUCAAAUAGUAUCUUAGGACAAUUUUGGAGAAUGUCUCACUCCAGAUGAACUUAGAUUUGAUUAAUACAUUUUGCUUUCUUAAAGGUUCAAGGUGGUUUUUAGAUUUGGUGGAAUAAAUUUGUCCUUUUGAGGAAAACUGACAUUUUUGAGGGGAAAAAUGCCAUUGUCCAGAAGACCAUUGCUUUCAUUUUCAUUAAUAGUGAAAAAUGAUCUUCCCCCACACUAAUAUUCAAGGCUGACUUUUUUUUUCCUGAACCCCUUUUCAGCAUAGUAUACCCCUAGAGAGGCACCAACUGACUUGAUCCCAUCUGCAUUUUCAGCUGUGCCCUUUAUCUCCAAUAUACCUAGAACUGCUGUUCACUUACCUUGCAUGCAGAUGCAAAGCCACCAAGGGGAGACAGCCAGCUCUCUUGGAAGUUGUAAUGUUGAACAACCAGCUACUGGUGAUGCAAUAUGCCAUCACUUCCAUAAUAUUCUCACUUUGUCUCCUUUGGUCUGUAAAGACUGGGCUCUCUACAUAGGAUUUCUUUUAUAAUCAAUGAUACCUUUCUAUUUUUUAAAAACCACAAACUACAGUAAAAGAAUGUAGAGUCUGUGGCAGAGCACUAGACAGAGAUAUUUAUGCUCUUGUUUAGCCUAGAAAUGUAGCAGCUUGAGCCAAAGCCCAUUGAAGUCAAUGGAAGCUUUUCCAGUGACUUCAGUAAAACUGGAUCAGGCCCCUAGACUUUCUCCUUUCACUGUUUGUAUUUUCUUGAUCUCUUCUGUCACAAGCAUAACAUUCUCCUAAAGUAGUUUCACUGUGUGAAGUGCAAAUGUGUUGCAGUAACAUUGCAUCAUGACUGUGAUACACUAAAUAAUGUGAACAUCAACUUGGACAAAUAAAAAGUGUAGGCUGUU